UCGAACUGCUCAGCCCAGCCCCCCCCGAGUCAUUUCCUGCCUCCGUGGGGACGGGCUCGAGAAAGUCCCGCGGAGCAGCGGCGGCAGCGGACGACACCCGAGGCAGGAGGAUGAACUUCUUCAUCGCCGCGCUCCUGGUUCUGCAGUUCGUGCCAGGGAAUGCAGAGGUAGAAGACGACGAGGAGGAGAUCACACAGUUUUUAUUCGACUACGCAGCUCGUUACAGUGAUUACCUCUAUUCCACGGGAGACUAUUACUACGACAACACCACGGGAAUGCCCACCCCCUACACCUUCGAGAUGGAUUCCUACGAGGUUAUUUCUUUUCCUCCACACCCAGACAAACACCAUCGGGGAUUACGGGCAGUGGUUUCCACAAGAGGAUGCCACCAUCAAGAUUUCAGGGAUACCAGACACAGAUGCUCCAGAGGAUUCCAGGAAUGCCAAGGACAGUCAGGAUAUCUGGGAGUCAGCAGGAUCACCCCUCCAGUGCCACGUCCCCCUCGUCACCCUCCUCAGUCUCCGGGGUCUCCUGCUAUGACCCUCCCAUGCUCCUCCUCCAAAGACACAGCAGCUGGGAUGGAGAUCAGAACUUCAUCAGGUGUUGGCAACGACGAACAACAUCCUCCCCACGAGGCGCCGCCUCCGCUCCGGAACCGCCGUGACUCUCCCAAAGGUUCCAACGGGGGGACUGUGACCACGGUGCAAACUCGGAGAGCUUUGUAAUGCCUCAGUCCUUUCCUAUUUCCUCUGAUUCUCUUGUAAAUAGGAGCCCCUGCCAAUAAAAUCCCCAACAACCGG